AUGGGAUCUAAAAAGAAAAAAGAAAAAGUUAGAUUAUGGCAAUAUGAAUAUGAUUCAUCCUUUAGAAUUCAUUUCUUUAUUAUGCAAUCUGGAAAAAAUAGAUCAAUGCGAUUUCAUUUUAAUACUAAAAUAUUUAGGGAUUCAUUGUUAAAAUUGUUGUUACUUUACCUGUCUUUGCAAAUAAAAUCUAAAUAAAUUUAUUUUAAGUAGUAACAAAUUCAAUAUAAACAUUAUUUUGAAUUAGGUGCAACAUUACUUUUAAAAAAUGAUAAAAUUCAAAAUGAAGAUGAAUUUAAAUAAUUUGAAUAACUUUCAAUAAAAUUUGUAACUUUCUUAUAAAAAUAUAGAGAAAACUCUGUUUAUCUAUUAAGAUUAUUUAAUAUGUUGCUUACACAUUUAAAAAAAUGA